UAUAGAGAUUUUCAUUCAGUCAUUCACCAUUUAAUAUUUCUCCACCCGUUUUCAGGGCUAGAUCCAGCUGGUCCUGGAUUUUUUUAUGACAUAACAAACAACAGACUGGAUCCCACAGAUGCACAAUUCGUUCAUGUUAUCCAUACCAAUAGUGCCUUUCUUGGAUUCAGGGGAACAUUAGGUCAUGUAGACUACUAUCCGAAUGGGGGCGAAUUUCAACCAGGUUGUCCUUUAGAUAUCACCGGGUCGUGCUCUCACAGAAGAUCUUACGAACUCUAUGCGGAAUCUAUAGUAAGCGGUGGAUUUUCAGCAAAGAGGUGUAACAGCCAAUGGGACUACGAUAAUGGAAAAUGUGAGGAUAAUAUUAAAUCUCAGAUGGGAGGUUACUCACCUGACGAAAGGGUUUCUGGUGAAUACUACUUAAAAACAAAUGACAAAUCACCGUUUUCUCUCGGAUGAGCAAGGAGGAAACCAACGAUGAAAAUCUUUAACAAAUAAAAUAUAUGAACUAUCA